ACAAGCGUGAUACGGAAUGAUCGUGUGGUGCGUUUUGCGCGGACAUUGACUCUGCGAAUAUAUAUUUUUUAAUCUUGCUAUUUAUACGGCCAGAAACCUUUUGGAGUAUAUAGUCGAGAACAAAUAAGUUUUAUUCGAUAAUUUGACGCGCAGAAUUUGACCUAACCUGUGUAUUUCCGUAUAGACGCGAAAAUAAAAAAAGUGAAGAUUUCGAAACAAAGGACUGUUUUGUACAUUUUCGCAAAAAAUGCGAAAUUGUGUUCAAAAAUAAUAUCUGGUUGUACUCGUAAAGGGUAUAUUAAAAAAUAUUGACCCCGCGGCCUACUCGUUCGAACACAAUCUGUGGUCACCUAACAAAAAACAAACAAGCAACGAUUUACAAAAUUAUCAAAACAUCUAAUGUAUUUAUAAAAUUCUCGUACAAGUUCAUCGUGGACUUUUUUAAAUCUAAUCAAAAAUUACAGUGAGUUCGUCGACCUUCCAAAUUCGUGCUUCAGUGGUUCAGUUUGCAGAUUUUUGCAGCAUCAAAUCGGAAACCUGGAUUGAGUGUCGAGCUCGUUUUGCAUGAUGUCUACUGCCAUAAUGCAUCAGUCUGCGCUGUACGACUUUGGUGAUCUGUUCUUGAAGAAUCAAGCUCGUCCAGUGCAGACGAUGACGGGUGCUUUGAACGGCGUCAGCGGGGCCACAGCGACCAGUACUUCUUGGGAGCAGCACCCAGUCCUGGCGCGGGCGACGUCCGUGCCCGCACACCGAGCGCUGGCCGGUUUACUGGACCGCCUGGGGCACCGGCGCCUUGAGCGCACCACCAGCGAGCCCGCGCCCCCGCCUCCGGCCACCAGCCGCUACAAGACCGAGCUCUGCAGACCUUUUGAGGAAGCCGGCGUCUGCAAAUACGGAGACAAGUGCCAAUUCGCCCACGGCAUCCGCGAACUACGCAACCUCCAGCGCCACCCCAAGUACAAGACGGAGCUGUGCCGCACCUUCCAUUCUGUCGGCUUCUGCCCGUACGGCCCUCGCUGCCACUUCGUGCACAACGCGGAGGAGGCCAGACGCCGCGAGCCGUCUUCGCCCGGAGGCUCCAUAGCAUCGCUGUCGUCGGGUGGGUCGAUGGCUUCGUACAUGAGUGACGGAUCUCGCUCGCCCCGGUCGCCGCACUCCCCGAUCGCGCCACAGUCGCCGCUGGCCCCUCACUCGCCGCCCGCGCUGUCGCCGCCCGCGCAUGCCACCGCGUUCGCCUUCCGCCGCGCGCCCUCUCCAGACCCCGAAGAUGACCGGCUGCCGGUGUUCAACCGUCUUUCCUCCGCGUUCGGCGACCUCAUCAUCGCCUAGGACCUCGCGUUCGCCUAGUCUUUAAGUUAAAUUAUACUGAUCAUAGAGUAAGAAUCGUCUGUCACCACAGUGCCUACUCGACGUCUUCCAGCCGCCAACGCCGCGCGUCCCGCACACUCGCUCAACGAUGAUCUCCAGUUUGUCGAUACUUCUCGCUUCUGUACGCCCGGUAUUUUUGUAAGUUUCAAGAAGUGUUUACUGGCGUCUCGAAAGUUUGCGGUGUGAAUAUAGUGAUUUACGUAAAUCUUUUAGUUAUCGGCACGCACUUGUAAAUGGCACCUUAUAUUGUUAGAUAUUUAUUACGUAGCUCGCGGAAGUCUUCCCGAUGCGAUCCUCCGCCGAGCGGUGGUCUCUGUAAAGUUAGCUUAUAGAACAUUUUAUUUAUUUCAUACUGCCUAUCCGCGCUCGGUAACGUACCGCGAGAAGGCGCUCGUGAUCUAUAUUUAAGGGUUUAAGAUAGUAAUUUAUUAUUUAUUUCGAGUCUCUUUAACUGUAAUAAUUAUUUUUAUGUAGCUAGCAGUUGCGAUGCCGCACCGCAAUCGGACGGGGCCCGCGUCGAUGGGACGUGGCUCUUAUUACAAAACGAAUCGACUGACAAGUUCUUUCGAUGAACUGUAACCUAUAUAAUUUAUAUUCGCAACCUCAUGAACCUUUAAAGAAAUUGUCAGUCGAUAUCUGUUUCGCGAGUUCGAUGGGCCUGAUCCGAUCAACAUAAUCGGUUUUGAACAUCUCUGUCGUUGUCGUGAGUCGACUCGUGUGCGCCGCGGUGCCACUAAGAAACUAACGCACGGGCCUCUGCGAUCUCAAUCACCCGCGGCACACCGAGAAGCGAACUGAUCCCGCGUCUAUAGCGGCUCCGCAAAGGACUUUUUCGUUUUGCGUCGUGCAAUGAGGGCGGGCAGUCAGUCCGAAACCCGUUUGGGUUUUGGUGAUUGUUUUUUUUCGUCCUCGGAGCGCAGCCCAGUCCCUCCCGGCCGACGUGAAGCCAGAUCGCGCCUGAGCGCUGGCAAAAAAUGACAGAACUCCGCGGCCACAGCCCGCCGAACUCCCGAGAACUAGUGCUCAUGAAAUUGUAAAGAUAAAACUUGCUUAUAUAUAACAUAAAGACGCAUGUUUAGAUCGCUGUGGGGCGCGACGGCUCUCUAACCCGCGCUUCCACGCCCCGCGCCCCCUCACAAAGAGUGCCUUUUACUUUAUAACGAAACAAAUCGAUUAUAAUAUUUAAUUUUUAGUUGAUCGAAAUAGAUUGUUUAUUUAUUGUCUCUUUUGAAUAUAAAAAUUCAAAUUGGCACAGUUAUUAUUACUUUUUUGUACUUGACAGAGCUAAGUGAUUAGUUUGGACGUAGAAUAGUUUCUUCUUUGAAUAAAGUGUGAUAUUUUAUAAUAUUUAUAUAACAAAGUUUAAAGUUUUAAUUAAGGGACCAAUAUUAGUGAUUCGAUUAGGAGAAAUUCUGAUGGAAACAACCACAUAUAGAUACGCUUUCGAUUCUUACCAAGAGACUGUAACCUAGCGACACGUACAUCAUUCUAUUUUUGUUAUACUAAUUGUAAACAGAUCUAUGAUAUUGUAUUGUACCAAUAAAACAUUUGGCCAUUACCUGUGGUUUUGUGUUUAUUAUCGACAGCUUUAUGGAACCGAGAUGGUAUUUUUUUGUUUAUAUUUUUACUUUAUGUUAGUUUCAGUUUUUCUCCACUUGUAAGAGAGUCGUAUCGUGACCACGAAAAGAUAAUAAUUUUGUACCUAAUAUUAAGGAACUAC